CACUGCGUGACUGACUAACUUCUCAUCGGCGCAGGAGCGCAUUUCCUCGUGCGGUGGAUUUUUUUUUUCCCACCACUGAACUAUGAUCAAAACAAUAGUGGGAAAUGUAUGAAAGCGUCUGCUUUUGAAAGCGUCAGUAUGGACAUCUCAACUCGUUGGAAAAAAAGCCUGAAGAGGAAAGGUUGAGGUUGAAGUGAUGUCUCUUUCAAAGCACGGGAGAUAAAAACACAGGUGAACGUGGAUGUUUCCAAGGCUGCGUUGAAGACGCGCAUCCCAUUCCUGGACAGUGGAGACGGACAUUUUCUGCUGUAAAACAGAAGACAUGAUCGCUCCCUCUUUCAACAUGAAUGACUACAAUGAGACGUCAGUGACUACAAGUGUCAACAUAUGUUGGCCCCAGUGUUACAACUUCAGCACCACCAAUAUCUCAGAUACAAGCAUGGAGGUACCCUUCAGUAAAACUACUGCUGUCAUCUACGCCAUUGUCUUCAUUGUGGGAUUCCUAGGUAACACACUAGCCAUCUAUGUGAUGGCCCGCUAUGCCAAGACGAAGACAGUAACUAACAUGUACAUCCUAAACUUGGCUGUGGCAGAUGAACUCUACAUCCUGGGAAUCCCCUUCAUAGGGACCAAUAGUGUACUCUCUUACUGGCCAUACGGAGAUUUCUUCUGCAAAGUCUGCAUGACUGCUGAUGGCAUGAGCCAAUUCGCCUCCACGUUUUGCUUGACACUGAUGAGCAUCGACCGUUUCCUUGCUGUGGUUUAUCCCAUUCGCAGUGCCAAAUGGCGGAAGCCUCAGGUUGCAAAGAUCUUUAGCGGCAUAGUGUGGGUCAUGUCCUUUCUGAUGGUCCUACCUCUCACCAUCUUCUCAUGUGUGCAAGAGACGUUCAACACCUGCAAUGUUAGCUGGCCUGAACCAGCCAAUUUGUGGUCCGCUGCAUUCAUACUAUACACAUCUAUCAUGGGUUUCUUUGGUCCUCUCGUCGUCAUCAUCCUGUGCUACCUGCUCAUUGUAAUCAAGGUGAAGUCAGCAGGUGUGCGUGCUGGCCUGAAGAAGCGGCGAAAGUCAGAGCGUAAGGUGACACGCAUGGUGGUGAUCAUCGUGCUGGUGUUUGUCCUUUGUUGGCUGCCCUUCUUUACUACCAACCUCAUCAAUCUUGUUUAUGUCAUCCCGGAGACCGAUGCCGUUGUCUACUUUAUUCUGGUCAUCCUCACCUAUGUCAACUCUUGUGCCAACCCGGUCCUCUAUGGGUUCCUCUCCGAGAACCUCAAGAAGAGCUUCCAGCAAGCCUUAUGUUUCUGCAAACCGAAGGAUGCCUCUACUGCAACCCUGAUGGAGAGUACAACAAAUGCUCCCAAGACCGUUCAGACGACCGUGAUUGGGAACCCUGACAGUGAGCCUUUUACCCCAAAGACUGUGAUGAAUGGCCAGUGAUCGCUGAGUAUUCCAGCUGGCCCAACAUACACCACUCUGCCACAACACGGAGCUUGGACACUUUACCUGCAAGCUUUUUAUAUUAACUUAAAACUUCCUGUGUUUAUUGCAUUGAACCCCUGGCUCUCAUGGACAUUUGCAGAGAGGACCAGAAGAGGAAUGUACUGUUUGAGGAGCAGCUAUACAUAGCCUUCACAAGUAAUCUUUUUAUGUUUGUUUCAUGUGUCUUUUCACCAGAAUGACUUUGCAGGAACAAGUCAAGACUUCACAUUGCUGUAAAUGUUCUAAUGGUUUUUAUGACCAUAUUUUAAUUUCUUCUUAGAUGUGAUCCUUUUUCAACGAAACCUGGCAUUCUGAACUUGCUUUAUAUUAUACACUUGUGGUUGAUGCCUGUCGCUGUGACUAAAUAUUCAGUAAAAUGUACAUUUCACAGCAUGAAGAUACAUCUACAGUAGGUAAAGUCGGACCUUUUAGACAGUUCAACAGUAAAUGACUGAUUGAAAAUUGUGGUUUUCUUUUGUUUUAGUUGUUGUUGUUUUCAACUGAACAAAUGAAUUUCCUUGAUGUUACUCCCUUUAUCUGUAUGACUGUCACAGUUGUAUUGAUCUUCUCGUGUUUUACUAAAAAACUAUCACUCUUAGGUCGUAAAAUGAGCAUAAGAUAGAAAGUAUUCAAUGCUGUGAAAAUAUGCCCUAUCCUGAAUUUACUUUCAGGUCAUUUUACCCAUUGUUACCAUGACUUUGUUUGGACUCGGCCUUAUGUUCACCCCAGUUAUGACUCCAGCUAUUGUUUCAUGUCAGACAUGGUCUGAUUAUUAAAUUUGGACAUUUACAGUAUUUAAUUUGCACCAAAAGAGCGAGCUGUUCUUUUGCUCAACGUAACAAGCGUGUUAGAGGGCUGUAUAUUGGCUUAUUAGUUUGGACAAAUGUUUUGUGAUGUGAAAAAUGUCUUCAAAUGGCACAGGUAUUAAGUAUUGUUCUAUAGUGGACUAAUUUUGUCUUUCCACACAUUUCUGUUGUUGGAGCGGUGAUGUAAACAGUGGAAACUGCCAUAUGUUCGUAGUAGUAACUUGAGCCCAUUUGUCAAGUUCAUCUAAAGUGAGUGAGUCUGUUUAAAAGUUUAGAAGUGAGAAAUGAAGUGAAAUUGCAGGAAACAAAGGAUUUAAUUGUUUUGACAAAACUGAAUUUCAAAAUAAUGGGUCAUUCUGAAUUUUGUCCCUCAGACAUAUAACAAAAACAUAAAUAAAUUGAUGGUAUUGAAUGUUAUUGAAUGAAUUGAAUUUGAUGAAUACUUAUAAGCAAGGAAGAUCUUCAUGUAUGUCCAUCCUGCAGAUCUAGUGACACAGGCUUGAAU